UAAUGGUGGAGAGGGAAGGUCGAUCCUUGGAAGGAACACCCACAUGGACCGUGGCUACUGUGAUUACUGUCAUGGUUGUACUUGGGUUCUUCUUUCAUAGCGCUUUGAAACAUUUUGGAAAGUGGUUAGAUAAGACUAAAAGGAAGUCUAUACUUUCAGCUCUGGAGAAGAUUCAAGAAGAACUCAUGCUGUUUGGGCUAAUGUCAUUGUUGAUGGGUCACUGGAUUGUUUUUGUGGCAAAGAUUUGUGUUAAAUCUUCGUCACCGGCCUUCAGCAGCAGGUUCUUUCCUUGUGCUUUGGAGAAAGAGAUCAGUGAGACUCAAUAUGUACUUUCUUCGAGUCCCAACUAUCUGAACAAGUCAGUUUCUAGAGUGGAAGUAGAAGAAAACCUUCAUGAUUAUUGUCCUAAGGAUCAUGAGUCCUUUGCUUCUCAAGAAAGUCUUGAACAGCUUCAUCGGUUGAUAUUUGUGCUUGGCAUGACUCAUGUUCUUUACAGUAUCUUUGCUAUUGUCCUGGCCAUGAUUAAGAUUUAUAGCUGGAGAACAUGGGAAAAUGAAGCUAAAGCCAAGGCAAUUCAGAGCUUAGAAGAAAACCCAGAAGGUAAGCAGAUCAGAAGAUUGUCGACAUUUAUAGUUCACCAUGCGUCCCAUCCAUGGAGUCAGCACAAGUUUCUUGUUUGGCUGCUUUGUUUCAGUCGCCAAUUCUGGAGUUCUAUAAACCGACCUUCUUAUAUGGCUUUGCGUUUUGGAUUCAUCACUACUCAUCAGCUUCCUUUAAUAUAUGAUUUCCAUAAUUAUAUGAUCCGGAGCAUGGAGGAAGAAUUUCGUGAUAUUGUCGGUAUCAGUAUACCUCUCUGGAUAUAUGCCAUAUGUUGCAUUAUGUUAGAUUUUCAUGGAAGCAACUUAUACUUUUGGCUUUCCUUCCUUCCAGCUAUUUUAAUCCUGCUUAUUGGUACAAAACUGCAUCGGAUAGUGGUAAAAUUGGCUGUUGAAAUCAUGGAAGUAAGUCCAUAUAUGGAAAAUCAUCAGUUUAAACUAAGGGAUGAGCUCUUUUGGUUCAAGAGACCCUGGCUUCUUUUACGGCUAAUACAACUGAUAUCCUUCCAGAAUGCAUUCGAGAUGGCUACUUUCCUCUGGUCUCUGUGGGAAAUUAAACAUCCUUCAUGUUUCAUGGACAAUCGUACUUUCCUCGUGAUCCGCUUGACAUUUGGGGUAGUCUCCCAGUUCUGGUGUAGUUUCAUUACAUUCCCACUCUAUGUUAUCAUCACACAAAUGGGUUCAAGGUUCAAGAAAGCUGUAGUUUCAGAAAAUGUUAGACACUCGCUAUAUGGAUGGAAAAGGAGAGUGAAGGCUAGACAAAGUCCUUCAUCUAAUAAAACUGGUCUGUUGAGUUCAUCACCUUCUUCAACAGUGGCAGUCACAUCAGAUUCUAGAAAAAUUUAUGGUUCUUCCUCAAAAAGCAUGGAAGGGAGCUCAGUCUUCUCCAGGGUCCAAAAACCAUCUUCCCCACAUCAAGAGUCCAAUGUGAAGCUAGAUCAAGUUAGCGAGGGCGACCAGAAGUUAGAGCGUGAGCUGUGCACGCAAACGCUUUCUUCUUUGAUGAAUGAUUAUGACAUUUAUGAAGAAGAUGAAGAAGGUGGGGAAGAUGACUACCAUGAUUCAUUUCAGGAAGACGAUAAUAGUAAAAGAUAACUUGCGUCUCA